UGCAAUGCACUGCAAUUUUAUGUCGUGUCUCUUUGCUUUUGUGAAUUGUGAUACGCCAUUACGGGAAUUAAAUUAUCGAAGGUUUUUUAGUGAAGACUUUCUAGAUUUUUACUUUCAUAAAGUUAAAGCGCUAUCAGGAAUUAUGUAGUUCCUUUGAAACCUGAGGUUUUCGUUUAAUCUUUUGUUUUCUUGCACAUUUUGUCUAAAUAAAUCAGUCUAAUUUUCUUAAUUACUGAGCUGUACGGUGCACAGUGCGACUUUUAAAGCUUAAGUACAGACCGAUCUGCGGACACGAUAAUUCUCCUUACUCCACCUGCCAUUGCCCCAUCCCACAUUAUCCCUCCCUCCAUCCGAUCAGCAUGAUCAUCGACCCGAUUGACAGCAUCCAUGGCUGCCUCACCAACUGAACCCGCGCGCGAUCAACUCACCACGCUGCAGCGCCAACUGGACCGUGAGAAGCGCUACAACGCCGAUCUCAUCCGCGAAAACGAUGAGCUCAAAGCCGAGUUGGCGCGCUACCGCAGCGCACCCACGUCGAAGACGGACGCCGCGACCCAAACGGGUCUUGACGCGGAAAUCAGCACCUCCAGUGCUGUAGUAGCGGGGGAGAGUGAGUGGACCGCGCACGCGGUGGAGCAGGGGGAGAGUGUGGCCAGCUCGGUGAAGGCCUUCCUCUCCGCCAAACAUUCCGAGAUUGAACGGAAGGAUUUCGUGUUUAAUGAAGGCCUGGGCAUGUACUACAACGCCACGAAUGGGAUGAUGUUCGAUGGGAAACGCUACUUGUAUUAUGAUUAUGCGAAGAAUGUUUAUCUUUACUAUGAUGAGCAGUCCGGAGAAUAUAAGGAGGAUCCUAGUCGGAAUGGGAAAACCCAGCCUAGUCGCAAGCGCAAGCUACCGCGUGAUAUGAGUGUCGUAUCCGAUUCCAGUUCGGAAGAAGAGGAAGGCGAAGUGGUGGAAGAUGGCGUGAAAGACACGGAUUCGGACAUUUGCGCCCCGUGCAUUCGCAUCGUUGUCUUCCGCUCCAACAUCCUGACCCCGGGUGAUCUCUCCAUUGCCACCUGCGAUCGGACGUUCUCCAUUGGUCGCGACAGUAAACGGGAGCUGGUGCUGAACGAGGACGCCGUCAGCAAGUAUCACGCUCUGAUCUCCUUCGACAUGGAAACUGGUUGCUACAGUGUGCAGGAUUACGGCAGUCAAAAUGGAACACAGGUCAACGGGACGCGCUUGUCGGCGUCCAAAGUAGUCAGCGAGAAGCGGACGCUGGAGCAUCUGGAUGUGCUGAUCAUUGGAUCGACGUCGCUGGUGUGCCACAUUCAUGACAAGGAUGAGACAUGUGAUCAUUGCGAACCGGGUAUUGCACGGGAAUUACUGCAGAAUGUCCAGCCGCAGAAGAGUGAAGUAGUGGAAAACAUUAUCAGUCGUGUGACGGAAAACACGCUAAAAGAUUUACAUCGGCAGCAAAUCGUACAAAUUAAACGAAAGUAUGGACUGCAAAAAGAUCACUACAUCUCAUCCUCCUCCUGCUCCAGUUCGGGCACCUCCGCAUCCACCGAUUACGUUGAUCGGUCCCGGGUGCGUCGUGCUGUCGUGGGCAGCGAUCAUCCGUCCCUGGAACGUCCCACCGUCGAGGCCUCAGUGCAUGUGCCUAUCCCUACCGAGAAUAAGGGUUACCAGAUGCUCAGCAAGAUGGGCUGGCAGGAUGGUGAAGGGUUGAAUAGCUCACGGAAUACCGACAGUAUUACACAACCGCUGGCACCGCAGAUCCGACUGAAUGAGACGGCGGGUCUGGGUGCGGAACUGCCGUCGGAAUCUCUGUCGAUGUCGGAUGUUACACAGCGUCAGAAGAAGGAGAAAUGGGCCAAAGCGGCCAAACGGUAUCAGGGAUUACCAACGGUGAAUGUGCCCGAAAAGGUUGCUGCCAUUCUCCCAGGAGCGGCGCGCAGCGGUAAUAUUGCGUGGGUGCGCGGAGAGACGAUGAAUGUAGACCCGGAAGCUACAGAAAUAAAUGGCAACACCGAGGCUUCUCCGGCGAAAUCGACGGACAAGAAAAUUUAUUUUUUCUGAUUGUACAGUCCUUACAAAUGUCAGUGAUUUUUUAUAAAUAACGACUUUUACACAAAGACACAGAGGGUAGGUUUCUUUCUGCCUUUUUUUGUUAACAUUCGAAUUUUAUUGUUGGUAUAUUACGUCGAUGAUGAUAGAGAGCUUUUUAUGUUUUUAUUCGCAUGGAUGUGUAUCACACUGCCCUGCGAUACGCUCCAUUAACUCUGAAAACAUUUUUGUAAGGAAGAAGAAAAUGGGUUCUUUCAUUUGUCUUCAUCCUCACUGCUGAAGCUGAUGCUUGUAUUGCGGCUGAAAUUGGAGUUUUCAUCAAAACCAUGUCCACCGCCGCCGCCACGUCCGUCGCCGUAUUUGUUUUUAUGGAU